GAUUGGCAGGAGGUAGGAAGCCGGCCCCUGGGCGCGGCCUGCUCUGGGCAGGAGACAGCCGGGGGAAGCCGGGGGCUAGAGCCCGGCCGGCAGUCGCCCGCAGCUGCAGGGAGCUCGAGUCGCGCCUCCGCCCGGUGCGCCCUCCUCGGCCCGCGGACCCCUCGCUGCGCCCCGCCACUGGCAUGUGUGCCGCCCAGAUGCCGCCCCUGGCGCACAUCUUUCGAGGGACGUUCGUCCACUCCACCUGGACCUGUCCCAUGGAGGUGCUGAGGGAUCACCUCCUCGGCGUGAGCGACAGCGGCAAAAUAGUGUUUUUAGAAGAAGCAUCUCAACAAGAAAAACUGGCCAAAGAAUGGAGCUUCAAGCCGUGUGAAAUACGAGAACUGAGCCACCAUGAGUUCUUCAUGCCUGGGCUGGUUGAUACCCACAUCCAUGCUCCUCAGUAUUUUUUUGCUGGAAGUAACGUGGACCUGCCGCUUUUGGAGUGGCUGACCAAGUACACGUUUCCUACAGAACACAGAUUCCAGAGCACCGAGUUUGCUGAGGAAGUGUAUACUCGAGUUGUCAGGAGAACACUGAAGAAUGGAACAACCACAGCUUGUUACUUCGGAACGAUUCACACUGACUCAUCUCUGGUCCUUGCUGAAAUUACAGAUAAAUUUGGACAGCGAGCAUUUGUGGGCAAAGUGUGCAUGGAUUUGAAUAACACUGUCCCAGAAUACAAGGAGAGCACUGAGGAAUCCGUCCAGGAAACACAGAGGUUUGUGUCAGAAAUGCUUCAAAAGAAUUAUUCCAGAGUCAAGCCCAUAGUGACACCACGGUUUUCCCUUUCUUGCUCUGAGACUUUGAUGAGUGAACUCGGCAACAUUGCGAAGACUCGUGAUUUGCACAUUCAGAGCCAUGUGAGUGAAACUCGUGAUGAAGUUGAAGCUGUGAAAAAAUUAUACCCCAGUUAUAAAAACUACACAGAUGUGUAUGAUAAAAACAAUCUUCUGACAAAUAAGACGGUGAUGGCACAUGGCUGCUACCUUUCUGCAGAAGAACUGGACAUCUUCCAUGAACGAGGAGCAUCCAUCUCCCACUGCCCCAAUUCUAAUUUAUCGCUGAGCAGUGGCUUUCUAAACGUGAUGGAAGUCCUGAAACAUGAAGUAAAGAUAGGGCUGGGAACAGACGUGGCUGGUGGUUAUUCCUAUUCCAUGCUUGAUGCGAUCAGAAGAGCAGUGAUGGUUUCCAAUGUCCUUUUAAUCAAUAAGGUGAAUGAGAAAAGCCUCACCCUCAAAGAAGUCUUCAGACUCGCUACUCUUGGGGGAAGCCAAGCCCUGGGGUUGGAUAGUGAAAUUGGAAACUUUGAAGUGGGAAAGGAGUUUGAUGCCCUUCUGAUCAACCCCAAAGCGUCCGACUCUCCCAUUGACCUGUUUCCAGGGGAUUUUGUUGGUGAUAUUUCUGAGGCUGUCAUCCAGAAGUUCCUUUAUCUAGGAGAUGACCGAAAUAUUGAGGAAGUUUAUGUGGGCGGAAAGCAGGUGGUUCCGUUUUCCAGUUCAGUGUAAGACCCGCAAGUGUCUACGAAGUUCUCCUGGGAUAUGUGAUUCCACAUUUGCCUUGUGCCCAGGUGGAGUUAGAAAGUGAAAAAAUAGUACCUUGCUCUUGGGCUAUCUCUUUCUGUGUCUAGUUACAGUAUUCACUUGACAUUGUUUGAAGGAAGUGCACUAAUUCUCAACUCUGGUUGAGAGGGUUCAUAAUUACAUAAAAACCUCCCUCUCCCUUUUGGGCUGCUCAGAUUUACUUUCAGCUCAAACAGAAGGGAAUGCUAUUGCUGGUGGUGGUUUUAUUAUGAGAUAUUAGUAAAAUCUUGUUCGUAUUUGGAAAUGUGGAAAGAAAAGAUAUGCCUUCCUAUCUGGCUAGGUAUUUUGAGCUAAUAAAUGCAAAAAUUAGAAAACUGAACCAGUGAGUGUAUUUUUAAGAGAGAAGAAAAGUUAGACUGUGCACAAAUGGUGGCAAAUCACUUCAGAUUGUGUUUGAAAAUUAUAUACUGAGCAUACUAAUUCACAAAGAGAACUUGUCGAAUUUUAAAACGUUUCUAGAUCGACCUUGUGUUUUGGAAAUUUGCACCUAAUGGGAUUUGCAUUUCAGAGACGUGUUAUUGUUGUGCUUUGCCUUCUUUGAGGAUGAAUGCCAGAAAUUAAAUGCCACAUGCUUUCUUAAUGUAGUUUCGUGCUUCAAAGUGCUUGACAGAAGUUGGGUAUUAAAGAUUUAAAGUCUCUUAGGAAAUUAUUCAUAUAACUAAAUGGCAUAAAUAGUUGUAUUUUUGUGCACUUUAGAAUUAUCUUAAUUUUUAACUGUGUGAUGUUAUAAUUGCUUCCAUUUUAUUAGAAGAGAAACAAAUUCCAUACUCCAGUGUUGUAUAGGCUGGAGUCUUCAUUAAUUGGAGCAAGUACCAGGCAUUUAGGGGCUCCUAACCCUAACAGGAAGGGUUCCACUAACAUGGCCUAUGCUAGUCAAAUAUUAUCCCAUUAUCACUGGAAAUCUUGUACUUGCUUAUCUAUCUACUGGAAUUUUAAAAUGAAGGAUAAAUCUUGUUAAGGAAAUACGAAAAAUCUUUAAGCCUAUUUUAGCUCUAUUUUCUAAUUAUAUCCAAUUGUCUAUUUCCUUAUAAUUUUCAAGACACUAGAAUUUUAGGAUCAUAAAAAAUACAUAGAUAUCCCAUUUAAUGUUUGUAUUAAUAGGACUUAAUCUGUACUAGACAUCUAGGAACAUUAAACAAAGCAAAGAGUAUUUUUAUGCUUCCUAACUAAUAUAUUCUUUCUCAUAACCUAGAAUUAAAAUCAAAUUAUGAUGUUUUGAUAAAUCCUUAAGAAGUAUUGAUAUAAAUGUUACUUAAAUCCUAUAUUUUUCUUAUCUAAUUCCAAAUACUAUAACCAAACAAGGAAAAGGAAUCGACUUUCUUAAUGUAUUAUUCCUUAGCUUAUCUUAUAAUAGAAACUUUAUGCAGUAUAGCUAAUUCCAUAUUAACAGAACACAAUUCUCCCUUCUGUAACAUGAGUUCUAUUUUCACAUAUUCAUGCUAAUUGAGACCCCAUUUUUAAUUUGUUUGUUUCUUUUGGGGCCUGGUAGAAACACUUCUAGAUUUGAUUGUGUAUACACCACACCUAAAGAUAGAACAACGUUUUGGUCUUGUGUUGUAAAAAAACAACAGAGUUUGUUUUGUGGACUAUGAAGUAACUCAGUAAAUCCAGUUUCCUGACUUAGUCCGUAUUUACACUAUUUCUAAUUCCUGAACCAUGUCAAAGAUGCCCUGCCAAAUUCCUCUCCAUCUCCGCAGUGCUAGCAGGUGUUUUCUGCUCGCUCUCUCAAUCCCUGCCAAAGGAACUUGGUUCCAUCACAUGGUGUCUGACCAAGUGAGUAGGCUUAGCACUGGAGAUGAAAUAGAGAAGAUCCACUAACAGGCAGCAGCUGCUUUCAGCCUUUGCAAGAUCCUACAUUUUUACCUUCCUCAAGGGUGUAUGUUUGAUGUUGAACAUCAGUCUUCAUUUAGAUUUUAGAUUCAUGUGCAGUAAAUAUAAAUGAACAUAGCAUCGCAAGCAGGAAGAAUGGUCGUAUUUCAACCGUUCUGUCAAACAGCAUUAAAUUUACCCCUGGUAGUAUGUUCAAGACCUGGCUAUCUUUUCUUGUAAAAAUAAAAUGUGAUGAAAUGUUUAUAUGUA